GGAGUUCUGUGGGAGAGUCUCUCUCCAUGCCACCAUGACACCUAACGGGACGAUGCAGCGUCACUAGUUGCUGCUGACAGCGAGUCAUCAUGUUCAGAACUUAAGGCAUUUUAUACGCCAAUAAACAAUUACUUAUUUAUAGAAUUAGCUAGGCUAUAUUUUCAUAUAUUAACAAUAUAUGGCAUCCUCAUGUUAACUAACGUUGGUAAACAAUUGGACCUGUCAAACUUCGCCAAACAACCAUAUGAUCCAGUCCAGUAUGGAUGUUAGGAAGAGGUGCAGGUUCAGCUCGGAGAUGAUCUUUCUACAGCAGCUCUCCUGAUCCUGACGUCCCCGUAUGGCGUUCCCUGUCCAGUUCCUCUGCCGGGGGAUACGAACUCUUGGAUUAGUUCUCCUUUAUUAUGUCUUCUCUAUAGGCAUCACCUUCUAUAACAAAUGGCUGAUGCAGGGCUUCCACUACCCCCUCUUCAUGACGUUAGUUCACCUCGCCAUCAACUUCUGCCUGUCGGCUCUGACCAGACGGGCCAUGCAGUACUGGACAGGGAAACCCCGCAUCGUUCUCAACUGGACAGAUUACCUCCAGAAAGUUGCUCCUACAGCCUUUGCAACUGCUCUGGAUAUUGGACUUUCCAACUGGAGCUUCCUCUUCAUCACCAUCAGCUUGUACACCAUGACCAAGUCUUCAGCAGUGCUCUUUAUCCUCUUUUUCUCCCUCGUCUUUAAACUAGAGGAGCCGAACCCAUUCCUGAUCCUGGUGGUCCUGCUGAUCUCCGUUGGUCUGUUUAUGUUUACAUUCGAGUCGACCCAGUUCAACCUGGAGGGCUUCAUUAUGGUGCUGCUGGCCUCCUUUAUAGGCGGGAUCCGCUGGACCCUCACGCAGGUCCUCAUGCAGAAAGCAGAACUAGGCCUACAGAACCCAAUAGACGCUUUGUACCACCUACAACCUCUCAUGUUCCUUGGCCUCUUUCCUCUCUUCCUGUAUAAUGAAGGACUGAGCCUCAGUACUUCAGAAAAGUUAUUCCGGGUGACCGAGCUCUCCCCUCUGCUCUAUUCAGUCUUCACACUGAGUAUUGGCGGUGCGCUGGCUUUUGGUUUGGGCUUCUCAGAGUUCCUGCUGGUCUCCCGAACCUCCAGUCUUACAUUAUCCAUUUCAGGGAUCUUUAAGGAGGUGUGUACUCUGCUUUUGGCAGCAGCUCUGAUGGGAGACAAAACCAACAUGCUUAAUUGGCUCGGAUUCGUGAUUUGUCUAUGUGGCAUUUCAUUGCAUGUGGGACUCAAGACAUAUUAUUCCAAAAAUAAGGGACCAUCGAUAAGGCAGCUCAGCAGUAAGAGCCCAGAACUUGAGAUGCCGUUACUGCGACAGAACACAGACGAAAGAGACGAUUCGGCUGCUGAAUACGAUGACGAAGACGAAGAGGUCAUCACAGGAUCUGUGAAGCGGUCCGUCUCCUAACUGCUCACUCCGACGUCAGAGCUUUAAGGUGUCCAAAGACUGUCGUGAAACACUGCCACAAAGAGCUCAAAUCCUUCACCGUCAUGUCUUCAGGCCUGGCCAGGACCUCAUUAUGUACAGUAGCUGUACACUGACUGACUGAGGAUUUGACAAACGUUUUGAUCUUUUGCCUUAGGGGAUCCUCAAAGCUGUAGCUCAUACAUCCAAGUGUCAACAGAGCAUGAUGUAUGGGUAGAAAGAGGGUGUUAAAGGGAUACUUUGACAACUUCAAUUUGAUUGGGUCAUUUUUCUUUGCUAAAUACUUGUCACACAGUGAGUAUCUUCUUAUUUUGUUCUGUUUUCCUACUGUGAAUACACGUGUGUUUUUAAACAUUAAUAUCAUUCUGUUAAGUGACACAGGUCCCUUCAUAAGAAGCUAUUAGGAAGUAAAACAAAUGUAGAAACUGCUUAAUGAGGUUACAAGUGUGUGAUUUAGGAAAAAUCAGCUGGAAUUGAAGGUGCCCUGGUAUUCCUAUAAUGUUAUAUUAAUAACAUGAAGCCUGACAUCGUGAAGUGUUUGGUUUAAAAACUAUUUAUAGUACAACCCUUACAAAAAAAGCUGGGAUGAUGUGUAAAAAUGGGUAAAAACAGAAUGCAUCCAAUUUAGAAUUAAAGUGUAUAUUUACAACAACAAAAAAACCCAUAAGUUUAUAAGAUGAAUGUUAAAAGUAUUGUUUUUGUACAGUUUUCAUAUGUCAAAGAGGAUGAAAAGAGAUUUAUUUACAUUUCAGACAACGUUCCAUCUUUUUUUGGAAUCGGGGUUUUGAAUUUGUAAUAAUAAUGCUACAAUUGAACACAGAUCAAUUAGGUGUGUAGGUCAGCAACUAGCAAUUAUUUUCAUUUUCAGUGAAUCUACAGGUUAUUUUAUUUAUUUAUUGCAAAAAAUGUUUGGUCUAAAACCUUUCAGAAAAAAAUGGCCAUCACAUUUUCCUAUGUUUGGUCCAACCAACAGUCUAAAACCCAAAGAUAUUCAGGCGCUGUUGGACAAAGAAAGCAGCAAACCUUUACAUUGGCGUAGCAAAUACUGACUUGAAUGACAAAUAGAUUAUCAAUAGAUUGUUGUUUAAUAUUUUUAUUUUAAAGGUAUACAGGUGCAUCUCAAUAAACUAGUACAGUGCCCGUAGGAAGUAUGUAUUAGUAUCGUGGGAGAUUAAGUAGAUUUUUCAAUUAUGAACAAAUGAGGUUGUGUGUGAAAGUAUGAUGUACAAAGAGGUGUAAUACUCUUGGUAGUGUUAAUAUAUACAAAGUGUAUAUUGGGUAAUACAUGGAUGGACAUUUAGAUAUAAAGAGACACAGAAAUAAUUAUUUUAAGAAAAAGAAACAUAAUCAUUCAACAUGGUUCGACAUAUAUACAGACACAGAUAUAGGAGGGAAGAAGUUUACAUGCAGCACAAACAGAUGGAUGUGACAGUAACAGAAUUCACACAUUACAUGCAGACCACUACAACGUCUGCAACUCUAUAAAACACUUACUUUUCAUAAGGUACCACACCAUCCAGCACAUACACAUUGAACAUUGAUAUUCAUAUUCAGAUGAGAUGAGUCAGGGUGUAAAUCCAGAGUGAAUUGUGUUACUGACCAGGUGUAGGCCUAUUACACAAUGGGGCGGGGCUCCCCUAAAAGGGGGCGGAGCUUCCCUAAAAGGCGUCCGAUCGGAAACAGUGAAAUGCUGCAAUACGUCCCACGUAAAUAAUGAUAUUUUGAAAAAAUAAUUUAAAAAUCUUCAAAAUCGAGGAUGCACACCUUCGUGCCAUGAGCAAGACACAUAUGAAAUCUGAGGUCAGUCUGACUAACGGACAGAGAGAUAUGAACUAGAUACACACACACACACAUGCUUCUUGCUUUUAUAGAUAGAUUAGAAUAUCAUAGAAAAGUUUAUUUAUGUCACUAAUUCAAUUCAAAACGUGGAAAUAACACAUUAUAUAGAUCCAUUACACACAGAAUGAAACAUUUCAUGUCUUCAUUUAUUUAAUUUUUUCGAAUUAUAAUGAUUAUGGUUUACACUUAAUGAAGACCUAAAAUUCUGUGUCUCAAAAAAAAAAAAAUUUUACAAAAGACCAAUUUUAAAAAGUAUGUUUAAUAUGUAAAUGUUGGCCUCUGAAAAGUAUGUCCAUCUAUAUGACUCAAUACUUGGUUGGAGCUGUUUGACCUGAACUACUGGAAAUGGACUUUUCCACUAUAUUUUAAUUUAUUGAGAUGUACCUGUACAAUGCAUUAUAUUCCUAAAAACAACAUACAAACCCAGGUUUCUAUUGGUAAUCUGUUAUAUAUAUAUACAUAUAGACAUAAAGUCUGCUAAAAAUAAUUCCCUUUAAACUGCAUCCUUUACAGCUGCAAAAAAAAAGCGAAGUACAUUCAUCUGCAGCAUGCUGUGCUGUUAUGAUCCAGACAAAAGACCACCACGGAUUGUUCACCACAGGUUCAUAAUGAACCGAAGAUAUUUUUAUAUUCUCAAUACACAGUCAGGGAUUCAAUUAGCAUUAGGAGACAUGGACUGGCAGGAAUCUGCAGAGAUACUGCUUUCUGCCUGCCUUUCUCUUUACAUGCUGCUGUGUUCAGGACGUCUUCACCCCACACAAACAGCAGGCACAGCACUGAAAAACAGACACUGAGUGAGGGUUAACACCUCCCAAAACAAGAUUGAAUAUAGAAAAACUGAAUAAUUGAAGUGCUUUUUACUUUCCUUGAGCCGGUGGAGAAGUCUGAAUAUAUACACACA